AUGACGUCCAAAAAUAAAUGUUUAACACUAAAUGAAAAAAUUAAACUAAUUGAGUCAAGUGAAAAAGAUAAAUUAACAGUAAAACAAAUUUGUGAACUUUUCAAAUGUGGAAAAAGUCAAGUGUAUAAUAUAUUAAAGCAAAAAAAUGAAAUAAAAGAACAAUGGAUGAAUGGAAAUGGGCGAAUGAAAAGAAAACCAAAAUCCAACGCUAAUGAAGAAAUUAAUAAUUUGACUUGGGAGUGGUUUGUAAGUGCUAGAGCAAAAAAUAUACCAAUUUCUGGACCAAUUAUACAGACUAAAGCACGCCAAAUUGCUGAACAAAUGUCAGUCACCGAAUUUAAAGCAUCGAAUGGCUGGUUGGAAAGUUUUAAAAAUCAACAUAAUAUUGUUUGGCAUCAAAUUUGCGGUGAGUCAAAUAGUGUCGAUGUUAAAAAUGUUGAUGAAUGGAAGGUGAAAGUAAAAUUAAUUAUUGAAGGAUAUGAACCUAAAAAUAUUUAUAAUGGUGAUGAGACGGGUUUAUUCUUUCGCGCAUUACCAAGUAAAACACUAUCAGUGAAAAGUGAAGAGUGUAAAGGUGUGAAACCUUGCACUUCAAUAGACGUUGAACAAUCCAGUUCCGAAGACGAAACAGAUAAUGUACCAUUGCACGGCAAUGAUAUUAAAACGUAUAAGAACGCCCUCCAUGAAAUAAAACGAUUAGAAAUGUUCGCAUUGGAUCAAAAUAAUGAAAAUGAACUUCUUGAAUCAAUUCUCAACUUGAAAAAUUUAGUAGAAAAGAAAAUGGCAAGUCAAAUAACAAAACAAAAAACAUUGGAUGAAUUUUGGAGUAAAAUAUAA